UAUACACUUGCUUCGUACAACAUAUUCUUAUCUCACCCCCUCACUCAACACAUCCUUUCUCUCUCUCUUUCUUUUUCUCUCGUCUAUCCCUUCCCGUUCUCUCUGUGCAUCUCUUCCUUUUCCCUUGUGCAAGGGGAGAACUUAGAAGGAAAAUGGCAGACUGCAAACAUGGUGAAGACUUCUAUGCCUCCCAAGACCAUGAAGGAACAACCACGGCCAAAAAAUACGGAGGACUAGUGCCGAAGAAGAAGCCCUUAAUCUCAAAGGACCAUGAACGUGCCUUCUUUGAUUCAGCAGACUGGGCAUUAUGUAAGCAAGGUGCAGGAGCUAAUCAGAAAUCGACAGUGGCAAUAGAGACUUUGAGACCAAAACUGCAGAGAACUCCGCACCAACAGUUACCCCCGAGAAGACCUGCUUGUACAUCUGGUCGAGAGAAUAUUGGCCAGUAGAUCCCAUCAGGUGGUCGGAGGAGGAAGUGGGAAUUACAUCAGGUGGUCGGAGGAGGAAGUGGGAAUUGAUCAAUGUUUAUAACAUUUUUAUGGGGAUGGAAAUUGAAUUUACGUUGCAAUGGGCACUUGAAUUAGUUUAUCUUUUUAAUAAAAAGGGAGAGAGUCUUCAUUGUUGAAAAAAAGAGAAAUGCUAUGUUCUGUAAUUAGACAAUUAAUGGUUGGGCAUUCGAUUAAUUCAGUUAAUUCAGUUUAGAGUUUUCUUCCUUAA